GGCAUUUGGAGAACUACACUCCUUUCAGCGCUUGAUCAUGCCUGAGCCCGCGAAAUCCGCUCCUGCCCCUAAGAAGGGCUCCAAGAAGGCGGUGACCAAAGCCCAGAAGAAGGACGGCAAGAAGCGUAAGCGCAGCCGCAAGGAGAGUUACUCCGUGUACGUGUACAAAGUGCUGAAGCAGGUCCACCCGGACACCGGCAUCUCUUCUAAAGCCAUGGGCAUCAUGAAUUCGUUUGUCAACGACAUUUUUGAGCGCAUCGCAGGCGAGGCAUCUCGUCUGGCGCAUUACAACAAGCGCUCGACCAUUACCUCCCGGGAGAUCCAGACCGCCGUGCGCCUGCUGCUGCCGGGAGAGCUAGCCAAGCAUGCUGUAUCCGAAGGCACCAAGGCCGUUACCAAGUACACCAGCUCUAAGUGACGUGCAGGUCCGCUGAGCUAUCGGCAGGUGUCACUAUGUUG